UACACAGCUGAUUCUAAGUUGAAUUCUAGUAUUGAGUACAAUGCAUUUCCUUGCUGUCAUAUUGUGCAUUUUAAACUUUUCUUUAGGAUGUAUAUGUGUAAAAUAUGAGCCAGACUGGGACUCUAUCGACUCCCGUCCCUUACCGGCCUGGUAUGAUGAUGCUAAAGUAGGCAUGUUUAUUAACUGGGGGGUGUACUCCGUUCCGAGCUUUCACGAUGAAUGGUUCUGGUACUGGUGGAAGGGACCCAAACCUAGCCCAGACGUCGUCAACUUAAUGGAAAGAUUUUAUCCACCGUCUUUCACAUAUGCAGACUUUGCAGCUGAAUUCAGAGCAGAAUUUUAUGAUCCUUUAAAAUGGGCUAGCAUCAUAGAGAAUUCUGGAGUAAAGUAUGUUGUACUGAGUACAAAACACCAUGAGGGGUUCACCAUGUAUCCUUCUAAAUACUCCUUCAACUGGAACUCUGUAGAUGUGGGACCUAAACAAGACCUCAUCAAAUACAUAUUUGCCUACUUAGCUGGCAGUGGUGUUCAUUUUGGAAUUUAUCACUCUUUGUUUGAGUGGUUUAAUCCUCUGUAUCUCCAGGACAAGGCCAACAACUACACAACUCAGAAGUUUGUCAAGGAAAAAGGAAUGGCAGAAUUGUAUGAGAUUAUUGAGAUGUAUCGUCCAGAUGUGGUGUGGUCAGAUGGGGCUUGGGAAGCACCAAGUGCUUACUGGAAUUCCACUCAUUUUUUGGCAUGGCUGUACAAUGAAAGCCCUGUUAAGAACACAGUAGUGGUAAAUGACCGAUGGGGAUAUGACUCUACUUGUAAACAUGGGGGAUUCCUCACCUGUGAAGAUAGAUUCAGACCAGGGAAAUUACAGAAAAGGAAGUGGGAAAAUGCGAUGACCCUGGACCGCAUCUCCUGGGGGUUCAGACGUAAUGCUGACCUAGCAGAUUUUCUUUCCAUGGAGGAGUUGCUAGAACUAUUGAUCAGCACAAUAAGCUAUGGAGGAAAUAUUUUAAUCAAUGUUGGACCAACUCCAUACGGAACAUUUUCACCAAUUUAUGAGGAGCGAUUCAGUCAGUUAGGGUCGUGGUUGAAGGUCAAUGGUGAGGGUAUCUACUCAACUCAACCUUGGAUUCAUCAGAAUGACACUAUCACCCCUAAAGUCUGGUAUACUGCACCAAAAGCAGACAAGAAGGCUGCAUAUGGUUUUUUCCUGGAUUGGCCAGUAGAUAAUGAGUUAAUCCUUGGCUCUGUAAGUGGGUCUACUCUUUCUAAUGUAGCCUUGGUUGGAAGUAACAAGACUUUGACUUGGGAAAAAAGUGGUAGUGGGAUUAAAGUAUUGAUUCCACCACUCAACAUAAGACAGAUGCCAUGUCUUUGGGCCUGGGCCCUCAAGUUCACAUUCCAUUAACUACUGUGAUACAGGAUAUUUUAGUUAACCUGGAGAAAUGACAUGGGCAGCACCAGACAGCAAGUUUAAUUCUUAUAAAUCCAUUGAAAGUUUGGUGUUAUUUGUAACAUGACUUUUAAACUGUAAACAUCAUCUAAUCAUGGGGGCCCAUUUUUGUGGAUUGCUUAAUUCACAGGGUUUGUUUGGAUUGAAUUUUGUGGGCAAUUGUCAUGUUAUAUUUUGUUUGCAUGUUACACUUUACCAGCAUCAUGUAUCAGUCUUGUGUUGUUUUGACAUCUAAUUUUUAAAUUUACUAUGUAUCAACCAUCAAAAUAUUUAGCAAAAGAUCUUGAUAAAUUUCAUACUAGUAUAUCUUAAUGAGCAUAACAGCACUGUAUAAAGCUAUAUUUUUGCUUGAAACACCCUCAAUUUCAACUUGAUCAAUUUCAUUUGAUGAAAAUCCUUGUGUAAUUGUCAAUUAUGUAAAUUGUGAAAUAAGAUAACUAAAAGCUGUAUGCAAUUUAAAAUAUUUUAUUUGGAUUCUCAUUUUUCAAUGGUGACUUUCAAAAGAAUAGCAAACAAUGAUCAAUGUUGGGAAAUGAUUUCCCUGAGGAAGCAGUAAAUGGGCAAAUAAAGUUAUAAAUGUACUGUAUUCUAUAGAAGAUAGAUAAAGAAUGUGAGGUAGUUAGGUAGUUAGCAAGAGUCUGGUUACUGAACAUGAGAUUCUGAGGUGAGGACACAGAACAUAGGUCUGGUCAAGGGAAACCUGGGGCUGGUUUUACAAAAGACUUCAAUACUCUGUGUUUCUAAUAUCUUGCCUAAUUAUUGUUGAUUAAAAUUGCUCUCUCAUAAAUUUUUGUGCAAAUUUUUAAGAAUUAGGAUAAUAUACCUUUUUCACAUUUCAUUGUUAUGUAAAGAAGAAAAUAAUUUUGCCAAAACAGAUUGUGGUCUUGGUUGUAAGUUCUUUCGUAAAAUGGGGGUCAGCAUCAUCAAACUCUCUCAGUUUUAUUAUAACUGAUACAAAAGUUAACCCAUUGUGAACUGGUGAUAUCAGAGGUGGAUCAGAUUAAAACAAGUCUUAUACCAUGAAAUUUGUUUUUGGGGGACAAACGUGAACUUAAAUGCAUUUUAGAAAUAAGCAAAUAAUGAGUACCUUUAUGCAAAGUGAAAAUUCAGUAGAGGUAUAAUAAUUCCAAUAUAUACUUUCAAGUUAAAUAUAUUUACCUAUUCAAUUCAAUGAUGUUUGCUUUUCUAUAAAACCAAAUUGUUUUUUUAAACAAACAUUCAUAGUCGCUUUUUAGCACACCUGAGCCGAAGGCUCAAGUGAGCUUUUCUGAUCAAAAUUUGUCUGUCGUGUCGUUGUUGGCAUUUUCAUCUUCUUCUCCAGAACUACUGGGCCAAUUUCAACCAAACUUGGCACAGAGUAUCCUUGGGUAAAGGGGAUUCAAAAUUCUUCAAAUGAAGAGCCACACCCUCCUCCAAGGGGAGAUAAUUAUGAAAUAGCAGAAAAUUUAUGGCAUCAUUGAAAAAUCUUCUUCUCAAAAAACCAAUAAGCCAGGAAAGAUGAAACUCAUGUGGGAUCAUUGUCAGGUAGUGUAGAUACAAGUUUGUUCAAAUCAUGACCCCUGGGGUAGGGUGGGGCCACAGUGGACGAUCAAAGUUUUACAUAGGAAUAUAUAGAAAAAACUUUGAAAAAUUGUCUUCUCAAGAACAGUAAAGCUAUGAUUGGUCAUAUUUAUAUGGAAGCAUCCUCAGGUGGUGUAGAAUCAAAUUUGUUCAAAUCAUGACCCCCGGGGGUAGGGUGGCGUCGCUAUGGGUGGUCAAAGUUUAUAUAGGAAUAUAAGGAAAACAAUCUUAAAAAAUCUUCCUCUCAAGAACAGCAAAGCCAUGAUUGUUCAUAUUUAUAUGGAAGCAUCUGCAAGGUGGUUUAGAUUCAAGUUUGUUCAAAUUGUGACCACCGAGAGUACUAGGGAAGGGCCACAAUGGACGAUCAAAGUUUUACAAAGUAAUACAUCAGAAAAAUCUUUUAAUUAAAAUCUUCUUUUCAAGAACAGCAAAGCAAUGAUUGGUCAUAUUUAUGUGAAAACAUCCUCAGGUGGUGUAGAUUCAAGUUUGUUCAAAUCAUGACCAGCGGGGGAAGGGUGGAGCCACAAUGAACGAUCAUAGUUUAAGGAGUAUAUAGAAAAAAACUUUUUAAAAAAUUUCCUCUCAAGAACAGCAAGCUAUGAUUGGUCAUAUUUAUAUAUAAGCAUCCUCAGGUGGUGUAGAAUCAAAUUUGUUCGAAGCAUGACCCUUGGGGGUAGGGUGGGGUCACUAUGGGGGGUCAAAGUUUUAUAUUGGAAUAUAAGGAAAAAAUCUUUAAAAAUCUUCUCAAGAACAGCAAAGCUAUGAUUGGACAUAUUUAUAUGGAAGCAUUCUCAGGUGUUGUAGAUUCAAGUUUGUUCAAAUCAUGACCCCCAGGGGUAGGGUGGGGCCACAAUGGACGAUCAAAGUUUUACAUAGGAGUACAUAGGAAAAAUCUUAAAAAUCUUCUUCUCAAGAACAGCAAA